CCCUCUUUCUUUCUUGCGGAGGAGAAAAUUCUGCAUUGGGAACUCCCAGUGCUUGCUAACUUUCCAGCAGCCAAAUCGACGAAUCUGCUGCUCACGUUUAGAUCACGGAGAGAGAGAGAGGGGGAGUGUGUGUGGAAGAGAGAGAGAGCGCGAGUGAGUGGAGGAAAGAGAGAGAGGGAGAGGGAGCUGUGGUAUGUGUCUGCCUCUGCAAACCGUGGAGUUGAAUGUAGCGGUAUAGACUCCCCCGCUGAGAAGUGAAAGCUUUCCCAGCUACAUUUGCACAGAGACGGACGGAGGGGGGAAGUUUUCCCGAGCCUGUCGCAGAACCAAACAUGCUCCUUACCCCGGGAGAGUUCCUCUCGGGCUGCUUCUUCAUCCUCCUGUGCGUCGCCUGCUCCACGGAGUUGUCCUUGUCGCCUGAGGAAGCGAGCCAGUUUUUGAGAAGACACAAGAGAGCGAACCAGGUUUUUGAGGAAACCAAACAAGGGCAUUUGGAGAGGGAAUGUGUGGAGGAGAAAUGUACCAAAGAAGAGGCACGAGAAGUGUUUGAAAAUGACCCAGAAACGGAAUAUUUCUAUCCCAGGUAUUUGGCAUGUGUGGAGCAGUUCGGCGAAAAAAAGAAGGGAGACCUGGUCACCUGUGUCCACAACAUUCCAAACCAGUGCUCCCCCGACCCCUGUAAUCACAAGGGGACAGUACGCUGUGAGGAUAAAAAGGGCGACUUCCAAUGUCACUGCUUUACAGGGUGGGCUGGUCUCAAGUGUGAGCAAGAUGUAAAUGAGUGCAAUAAGGAAAAUGGAAGAUGUGAUCAUGAGUGCAUUAACUCAGUAGGAAGUUACCAUUGCUCCUGUCGUGAUGGUUACUCACUGUCUGGCCACCACAUGUGUCUGGACAUUGAUGAGUGUAGGGUGGUUCCUAAUGUUUGUGGGAAUGCACAGUGCAAGAACUUGAUAGGGAGUUACGAGUGCCUUUGUGAGGUUGGCUACAUCUACAACAAUGGGACCAAAACCUGUGAAGAUGUGGACGAGUGUGAGUCACAUGUGUGUGAGGAGGAGUGUGUCAACACGCCUGGGAGUUACCGUUGCUUUUGCGAUGGCAGACAGGGCAAAAAGCUUGGACAAGACUUGAGGAGCUGUGAGCCCAUUAAGCCUUGUUUGGCACUGGACAUGAAAAGGAACUCUCGUUCUCUUUACCUGGGCCGCAUGUUCAGUGGGAUUCCUGUGGUAAAACUACGCUUCCGCCGCCGAGUUCACACCGGUACUGACGUCCUGUUCCCAUUCAGCUUCACAGCAGAGUUUGACCUGAGAACCUAUGACUCGGAGGGAGUGAUCUUCUUUGCUGGUGGACACUUGAACAGUUCCUGGAUCGUGCUGGCAAUCCACCAUGGAAAACUGGAACUGCAGUUAAAAUAUGGAGCUGUGAGCCGGGUGACUAGCAGUGGCCCAUUGGUUAACGAUGGACUGUGGCACAAGAUAUCAGUAGAGGAGCAAGGGCGAAGUCUGGUGAUAAAAAUUGACAGGGAGGCAGUGAUGAAGAUUGCAGUGAAUGGAGAUCUAUUUACGCUGAAGAAAGGCAUGCACGAGCUCAACCUAACUGUGGGCGGGGUUCCAUUCAAAGAGGACGGACUGGUUAAUAAGGUAAACCCACGUCUAGAUGCUUGUAUGCGAGAUUGGCACUGGCUGACCGGUGAAGAUACAUCCAUCCAGGAGACCAUCCGCAACAAUGAACGUAUGCAGUGCUAUGCCACUGAGGACCACAGCUCAUUUUACCCAGGCCAUGGGUUCGCCUACUUCAACCACAGCCAUGGUGACGCACAGAUGCUUAGUAUACAGUUGACCAUACUUCCAGCAUCUGCAGUGGGAGUUCUGUUUGCACUUGUUCGUCAGGAUCAUGUCCCUCUCUCCAUCUCUCUUUCUAACUACCAUUCUGGGAAGAAGGAAUGGGCAGAGCAUAUACUGGUGUCUUUCGGUGAUGUGAUUGUGGCCAGCACUCCAGUUGACCUGUGUGACUCUGCGAUGCACACUGUGAAUGUGACUGUGUCUGGGAACAGCACCAUAUUGGAGGUGGAUGGGCAGCUGGGCCUGACUGAACCAGUUGAGCGAUUGGAGCCCCUGGACCUGUCAUCCUCAUACAGCACCUUUAUUGGAGGCAUACCAGAUGUUUCUCUGGUGUCCACUCCAGUCUCUGCCUUCUAUACAGGCUGUAUGGACGUCAUGGUCAACGGCCAGCUAUUAGACCUGGAUGAGGCCCAACACAAGCACAAUGAUAUCCGCUCUCAUGCCUGCCCUCUAGUGGCCCUCACCAGUGAAACAAAAAAAAUCGUCUGGGGAAACUAGAACGCACAGCAAACUUAUAGGGCUAGUUUUUCUGGACCUAGCUUAAGCCUAGCCCUGGAACCAAAAUGCCUUUAAAAGGGGAAUGUCCAGUCAAAGUGAAUUUUAGUUCAAGAGUAAGCUUAAUCUGGGUCUUUAGGACUGGCACAAAAUGGCCUUACCAAGCCACAUUCUCUACAUACACUCCAUUUGGUUUAACCACCUCUGAUCUUUCAAACUUGAGUUUGACUCUGACAAAUUUGGUGUUGCACAGCCACAAUUAUCCACUCCUGCAACAGUGGUCCAUUACAUACGCCGUCUUCCAACAGUAAGCAAUGUAUACACGAUCACAUAGACACUGUAACUUGUAUAUUUAUAUUAUACUCACUGAGACACAGGGGAGGUGUACACUUACAUUAGAGAGGUGAGAAGCACUGCGCCGCAACACAAGCUACUGAGAAAGAGAGUGCGCUGUAACAUAUUGUAUAUGUAAAUACGUGACUGUACAAUGCUUUUUAGACGAAACAAAAGGAAA